UUUACUCCUCCCGCCGUCGCCGCCUCCCCACCUCUCCGCCGUUGUUCUCUUCUCCUCGCUCUGUUCAUCAAACCGCCACCGCCGACACCGUCGACACCUCCGGCGCCGCUACAGUCAACCCUUUCUUUCACCGACCUUUUCCUCAAUCGUACGACCAACAAAAUGGCUGAUGAAGCAGCUAAACGAGCCGAAUUCACUUUCAAAGUUGUCGUAAAUAAACAGAAAACCAAAGUACUAUUCGCAGAAGUCGACCACAAUUUCGCAGACGUUUUAUUAAGCUUUCUAACUCUGCCAUUGGGAAAAAUUGUGAGAAUUCUGACGAAGCAUUACGGAGAUGAUAAAGAUGGACCCGUAAAUAUCGGAAGCUUAACCAGUUUGUGUGACGGCAUAUCAAACCUCAACGAUAUCUGUUUCUGUACGGAGGGUUGUAAGGAGAUGCUGCUCGAUCCGAGAAGUUCGUUCGAACCCGAAUGUCGUGAACUGAAACUCGAUAUCCAUGAAGCUGUGCCCACCAAGUAUUUUUUGUGUGAAGACAUGCGGUGUUUUCACUCACAAACAAGCAUGUACGGUCACUCGGCUUGCGGUUGUGGGAUACCUCUGAAACGAGAAGUUGAUGUGGUGAAGGACUCGCAAACUGAUAGCAACAAGGGAGUUUUUACCAUUAACACGGCUUCGUUUCUGAUCGCUGACGAUUUGCGUAUGGUGCCUAAUGUGGCGGUAUCCAUUAUGGAAACUCUUAGAAAUAUCGGCGUUACGAACACGGAUGACGCGGAGCUAACGAGUGCGACUUUUGGACUGAAUGAGAUUAUGGAUUUGCUUAGAGGGUCUUUGUUGUCGUGCACUCCGUUGACUGAUAUCAUACUCAAUAAAGGAAAGAUUGUAUCACCCACAGUAGGAUACGAACCCGAAACUCUAUUGUGUAAUAAGAUCGAGAAAGAGACGGAGUCUAACUCCAAGAAGAAGAUGAAUUUGAAACUUAUGGUUCAAGAAUCUACAAAUAAGUUAUUGUUUGCUCAAGCCGAUGAUGAUUUCGUCGAUUUUCUGUUUACUUUGCUCACCGUCCCACUCGGUGGAGUACUUGAUUGUGUUUUGGGCAGUCAUACUAACGGACUUAAGAGUAUCGACAAUUUGUACAGGAGCGUAAAAACUCUUAUUGACGACAAGUAUUUUUUGGCUCCCGACACGAAAACGAGGCUAAUGAAACCCAAGCUACCUCGUGGUUUUAUGUCCAAGAAUCCGAUUCUUCCUCUUAGCGAAGAAGAAAGUGUUCAUUGGCUGUAUUACAAUUGUAAUGCCGACAAGAAAGAAUGGUUGUCGUAUUCCGAUAGCGGAAGGAAAAUUAGAGUUGUGUAUCCGAAAGGGCAGAGUACCGAUUUCGUUAAAGGGCCAACGAUGUAUAUGGUGAGUGACGAUUUGACUGUGAAGCCUUUGAGUAUGAGUUAUAGUAUUUCGUUUCUGAACGAGAUGAAAAUUCCAUUGUCGGAUAUCAAAGAAGUGGAGGUGCAGAUUGGACUACAAGAGGCUAUAAGUAUAUUGAAGGCAUCUCUUACAUCAACUUCUGCUCUAACUGACGGCCUGAUGAUCAAUCCCGUGUCGAACAAAACACGUAAGCUAGAACACUAAGGUCAUCCAGGCAUUGUAACGUGGCUUGUUUUGUGUUAGGCCUUAAUCCUAUUGGAUCAUGCGCAUUUGUAUCGCGGCAUGUUUUGUGUUAGGCCUUAAUCCCGUUGCAUAUUAUAGUAAAUUUGAGAUUGCAAUUCUAGAUCUAUAAUUUUGUUGUUUUGAAUUUUAAUGUGAAGUUCGGCCGUUUCAACCACGGUAUCGCUCUUUGUUUCUUCCGCUGUCAAUUUUUUUUGAUGGCAAAUUACGGCCAGCCCUGAGGUAAGGU